AUGAGCAGGAUUUGCCUCAUGCAUCUCUACUCAUACAACAUAAACCUGCAGUCGAAUAUGAGAAAGAACUGCAGCUUCUUAACCAAUGGUACAAACUGGAUGAAAAUUAUGACCCAGGUGUUUACAGGCUUCUACCUAUCAGUUUUGCAGCAAGAGGUUGAUCAAGGAUUCCAGAUCCAGGUCUCUCCAGAAGAUCACUGUCAUUGCUUCAAGAGAAACAUCAGUGACAUACAAUACUACCUGUCAAGCAAACAGGCUUCAAAAUAUAUUGAUAUCCAUCAACUGAGACCAGUGGUUAAUGCAAGACUGUAUGAAGCACACCAGAACUUCAUAGACAGCAUCCAUGCCAGACUUCGUCACACUAAUAUCUAUGAGACGAAUGUUAGUUGGGGAAAGGAUGGAAUCAACCCAAUCAGCAACAGAUCCGAUGCCUGCUACCUUGAACGCCUGUGCAGUGACUUUCAGAAAAUUGUCAUCACCCACUUCAACAGGAUGACUUGUUCAAAGAAUUUCCCUGAAGGGCUGGAUGCAAGGAAAAGAAAGCAAGUGUACAGAGCUUAUAGUGAUGAGAUUCUGGAGCACGUCCAGCAUUGUCGGGCACUAUGAGGCAGAGCAUACCAGGGCACUGUUCGGAUGAACUGAAAGGCCUGUUAGAGGAGCUCCCAGGCUACAAAUUCUGGGACUUACUGUGGCUAAGGUUUACCUCUGCCUUUCUCCUCCUCAGGGUCUAGUAUAGGGGAGCAUCAUCUUCUGGGAGCUGGGGUGGGUCACCUGAGAUUAGCUAUUUGUGGGGGAUGGGAUGGAAUGGAAUGGAGAGGAGAAAGAGCUCUGCAGCUGGUAAGUCAGGGCCAGGUCUUUUCUGAAGCAUGAUAAUGUGCAUUAUGAUCCAGUGUAAAUUCAUGAUCAUGCAUUAACUUAGAUGCACAUUAGUAUCUAGGGUCUCAGGAGAAACUAUAGUCUGUGGUAUCCUUUAAUUAUUCCAGAAAUAACACAUGAUCAAGUAACGAAAGAGUGGGUUAUAAUAAAUGGUCACAAGGGGCUAGAGUUAUGGUUGCAAUAGUAUGUGAAUAAACUGAGAAAGAGGUUCAUAUUUCAACCAGUAGGACUGCAGUAUAAAAAUUAAUUGAGAAAAGGAACAACAAAAUAGAGGUAGGAGAUAGGAAGAGGGUUGACUUAUCUCCGCCACAGGGUCUCUAUAACCGGCAAUGCACUAUUCAUUAGGUAGCAGAACCUUAGAAUGAGAAGGGAUGUGGGCACAACUGUAUCUCUGAUAGCACAGUUCUACCAAACUCAGAAUCUUUCAUGGGUUCCAUCAAAGUGGAUGCCAGAAUGUUUUUUGUCAUUGUUGCAUUUCAUAUGUAUGUUUGGAAGUUAGUGAGUGUAGUGAUUAUAGCACAGCACCGGGAGUUCUAUUCCUCUCUCCACUCUGGGCUCACUGAGUGACCUUGGCUAGAGACCUUUAACCAGUUUGUGCCUCUGCUUCCCCAUCUGUAAAAUUAGGAUAAUAGUAUGUACACUGUGGUAAGGCACUUUGAGAACUACACAUAAAGGUGCUGUAUUGUAAGGAAUCAGGGUGUAGGCAGUCCGGCUUAGUGGUCAUAGCUGGGCUGGGAACCACAUGUCAGGGAUGGUAGUUGAUGAGCUAAGGUCAGAGGAAUCACUAGAGCCAGGUUCAAUAAGCAAGAGUCAGGGUAAAAGUCAAGCCAGGGUCGGAGAUGGGAGAUCAGAAGUAGUACCAGGCUGGAAUCAGAGACUGGAGAUCAUAGGUAGUAACAGACUAGAAUUAGGAGGCAAGAGUCAGAGUCAGAAUUGGGCUAGGAUCAGAGGACAGGGAUCAGGUGAAGUCUGUGUGGUUGCCCAGAUAACUUCUGGGGCACCCUACAUGGUUAAAUAGGGUGUUUGGCCAAUCAGUGUGCUUCAAGGUACUGUUGCUUUGGGUAUCUUGGGCAGUACUUCCUGUGGCACCUACUCUCCACAGUGCUCUGGGGCAUGGCUCUGUAGGAAUGUUGACUGUCCCAGGCUCUGCAGACCUGGGUUAUAGUACCCGGAUCCUUACAUGUAAAAGUGCAAAGUAUUUGUAUACCAGCUCUCUACCUUUGUUUAAUCCUGGUCUUCACCUCAAGUUCUGUCCACUCCACUUAGUUAACAAAAAGCAGAUUUUAUAAUAAAAACUGCUUUUCAACACUGUUAACCCUGCUUCCCCUUCAUCUGGACAGCUAUGACCAGCCAUGCCCAAAGAAAUGUAAAACAAUCACCCAGCUAAACUGAUGAUGUUCAAGAGGGUUCCGCCCUUCUUGUCCUGUUGGCCAACAAUUUGGUAGUCUAUUAGUAUGGAUUCUGAGACAAAGAAGAGAGAGAUACUGCUUCCUGCAAGGCUUGUUGUUUUAUUAUCUCCUAGUCCAACAGCAUGCUAAACUCCUUGGCCCA